UACCUGUUCCUCCCAUCUAGAUAUUUCGUCAAGUUAUCUGUUUUGUUUGUUUGUUUUAACACAUUAUUAUGUCUAUUGAGCUCACAACCUAUUCAGGCGCGUUUAUGAAAAGUUUACAACCUUUCGCUGUACGGAUUACAAAAAGGUACAACCAGCGAUAUCAUGAUGGCUUGCAAUAUACAUUGAAACGAAUGAACAUUAUUCAUAUGUCGAUUAUCGAACUCCUAACAUCCAACUGGCCAUCACUCAAUAUUUAUCGUCAGGAUCGAUCAAUAUAUAAGAAAAGGGAACUUGUUGCAAUACUUUAUGCUGAGAAUUCAAUAUUGUACCAAAAAUAUAAUGUUAAAGAAGCUUAUAAUAAUAAAAAAAAUAAAAUAAUAAACAUUUAACUGCUACAAACUUGUGAGGCUUUUCAACUCAUAUCUAAGACAAAAACACCUGCAAUAAUAAAAUUUUGUC